GGUCUCCUCUGUCCGAUAGGCGGGCCGCGCAGGCGCAGAGAGUCCCAGCCAGCUGGCUGAGGACCACCCAGGCGAGGGGACCCGAGUGCACCUCUAUGGUUGGGGCGGCGAGUGUAAGACCCUUUGAGUGCAGUUAGCUACCACGUAGGGCUCAAGGUAAAGGGACAGACGCCGGAAGGGGUGCUGACUAAUCGGCCUCGGUCCUCAGAGAUGCGGUGACGCCCAAGCCACCAUGGCAGCGGCCAACGAACUGACCUUCCACCAAUUUGAGGAAGCCAAUGAUCUUCUGGGUGAGACCCCGGAUGCAGCCACCCUAAGCAGAAGUGAUCAGCUGACCCUACAAGGACACGUGGCUGUGGCUGUGGGCUCAGGUGGCAGCUAUGGAGCUGAGGAGGAGGUGAAGGAGGAGAGUGACAAGGCAGUGCUCCUACAGAAGAAGCAGAAGCAUCAGCCUGGAUUCUGGACCUUUGGCUACUAUCAGAGCUUCUUUGACGUGGACACCUCACAGGUCCUGGACCGGAUCAAAGGUACACUGCUGCCCCGGCCUGGCCACAAUUUUGUCCGGCAUCAUCUGCGGAAUCAGCCGGAUCUGUACGGCCCCUUUUGGAUCUGUGCCACACUGGCCUUCGUCCUGGCCAUCACCGGCAACCUGACACUAGUGCUGGCCCAGAGGAGAGACCCUUCUAUCCACUAUAGCCCCCAGUUCCACAAGGUGACUGUGGCUGGCAUCACCAUCUACUGCUAUGCGUGGCUGGUGCCACUGGCGUUGUGGGGCUUCCUAAGGUGGCGCAAGGGCAUCCGGGAGCACAUGGGGACCUACACUUUCCUGGAGACCGUGUGUGUCUAUGGCUACUCCCUCUUCGUCUUUAUUCCCAUGGUGGUCCUAUGGCUCAUUCCCGUGCCAUGGUUGCAGUGGCUGUUAGGGGCCCUGGCGCUAACCCUGUCAGCCACCUGGCUGGUAUUCACCCUGUGGCCUAUUGUCCGUGAGGACACCAGGCUGGUGGCUGCAGCACUGCUGUCUACUGUAGUACUGCUCCACGCCCUGCUGGCCUUGGGCUGUAAGUUGUACUUCUUCCAGUCACUGCCUCCAGAGCACUUGGUACCUUCAUCCCAAGCCCCAUCUCUGCCCCCAAAUGUACCACUACCACCUACCCUACCAAGGUCCAUGGCCACCUCCUAGGAAGACCCAGGUCCCACAGGCAAAACGUAAGAGGACACAUCUGCUUGUCAGCCCCACCUCAACCACAAGUGAAGGCUCCUUCAACACCUAAAGAUCACUCUGUUACUUUCCAGAUUUUUCUUACAAAGCAAACACAUUUAUUUUCUAUGCAAAGGUGAUUCAGAGAAUUUAUAUAAAGGCGGGGGAAGGGCAGGGAGCUUCCAGCCAGAACAGGGCUGGGGGGACUCCCACAACCCUACUGCCUGCUGGGUCCCUACUCUCCCUGACAUGACUCAACUCACUGGCCACAAGAGGGAGGGCCAGGGGCAGGUCUGGGUACACACAUGGCAGGCUAGGGGGCCUGGCCUGAGCUCCAGCAUCUGAGUUUGGGGGAGGAGAAGAAAACUGCCUGUGCUGAAACAAUGUUUCCUUGUCUCUUUAUUUUUUUGAAGAGAAAGGUUUCUGUUAGGUCCCUUCUCAGUCUGGGGGUAGGGCCAAAAUACCAUCAUAGUAGUAGGGACUGGAGCGUCUACAAGUAUGGAAGGGAAAUACACAGGCCUAAUGCUAGCUACAAGGAAAAGGAUGCCUUCCCAGACAGAUCUUUGAGGUGUGUCUGUGUCUGCCCCAAGUGGCGAUGGUGGCCUUUGUUUCAGGCCCAGCACCUGGGGCCACCUCUCCUCUUGAUAUAGGGUACAAGGGGCUCAGGGACAGAACAGCAGCAAGAGGCAGAGGCCAAGGACGGAAGCCUUCCCAACAGUGGGGCAGGUUGUACAUUCAAGUGUGAGGUGAACCCUUUGGUGGGGAGGGAGCCUCAGCAGGGCCACCCCUCACCACUGAGCCUCUGAAUCUGGGGAGCAGGGCUGCUGGCUCGGCCCAGCCGGCCUGGCUUCUCAGAGGGUCUGUAGAUUGACACUGGUUCUUUUCGUAAAAAAAUAAAAUUAAAAAAAGCAGCA